AUGCGCAAUGGUCUCAUUAACACAUUAGUAAUGGCGUUUUCAACAAUAUUUAUAUCUAUCGAGAUGGAUACUCCUGAUGAUGAUGGCAAUGACGAUGCAGAUGCCAUACAGGCUUUAUUUUUGACAGUUUUAGCAAUAGCAUCGUGGCCGUCGACGAAUGGCAAUAACAACGACCACGAUAAUGAAAAUGACUACAAUGUUGGGUGGCAAAACAUGCCGGGAGGAAGUCACGUGCGGACAUUGGACGAGACGAAUUUUCAACAGACGAUUACAGGAAAUUGCUGUGUGUUGGUGUUUUUCCACGCUAAAUGGUGCAGGUAUUGUGGGCCGAUAAAACCGGUGUUUGCUGAAGUCGCGGCUACGUUGCAGGGCGGCCAUCCCAUUGUGGCAGCAGCUGUGGACUGUUCGGAUGAUGACGAGUUGGCAAUAAUGUGCAACAUUAACGCGCUACCUACAAUGCUGUUCUACCGGAAUGGCGAACAGGUCGAUAAGGCGGUGCAGUACCGGGGCGACUGGUCGGCAACUAGUAUGCAGUUGUUUGCGGUCGAUACUUCCGCCACUGCACACAAGUGCUUAAAAGUAUGUAAGACCCGCGGCGGCGUGGCGCGCAAGAAGCUCAAGGGACAUGGCCAAACGGGAGAAAAAAAAAAAAAAAAAAAAAAAAUGCCAUCCUAA